AUGGCGGCGGCCCCUGGUGGUGGCCGGCGAGUUAUUGCGACUCGCGGCGCUAAUGAAACUGCAGACAAUAUGGCGGCCGGGCUGCGGACAAUGGCGCCGGGGGGCCCUCUAAUUGCGGUGUGCUCUGGCGAGGGCCGCCUAUCCACCAGCCAGCAGCCGCCAGCCGCCAGAGGGAUCCCAUUACCACGGCGCGGAGCCGGCACGCACUCGAGGCCAGCGCUUUUCCGAUCGCGCCGUCCGUCGAGCGAACCGGAGCGGCGACAGGCGGUGCGCCGUGGUGUUGUUGUCGCCGUCGCUGCCGCCGCCGCCGCCGCCGCCGCCGCCGCCGCCGCUGUUGAUCCAAUAAUUAAGGACCGCCUAUUGAUUGUGGGCGGGCGGCUAUCCGCCGUUAAAGUUGACGUCCGGGUGGGCAGCGCCGCUGGAGUCUUCUGCCGGCCUACCGGCGUCCUUAAUCCUGCGGCCUGGCUCGCCGGCAGCCGAUAUCCCGCACAGGCCAUCUAUCCAGGCCGCUUAAGUGCUCCAACUCUCAAGUUUCCCCCGCAGCUGCCCGCUGGCGCUCCUGAGUAUAGUGGUGGUGAUAUUGAUGAGGGUGGUGGUGGUGGUGGUGGUGGUGGUGGUGGUGGUGGUGGUCUUGGUCUUGAUGGUAGUGGCGAUGGUUACAAUUAUGAUGACAGUGACAAAGUCGGUGGUGGUGGUUGUGGUGGUGGUGGUGGUGGUGAUGAUGUUGGAGAUUGUGAUAAUUACAAUAGUGACGUUGCUGUUGAUGGUGGUAGUGGUGACGAUUGUGGUGGUGACGACAACGAAUGUCCCCAGUAUCGUCCCACAAGAUGUCAUACGAUUGUAGAAGCUCCAUUACCCAGAAGAAACACGUUUUAUCACCACCUGGUGACGAAAACUGCCCUGGCUCUUGAGCCGUUCCCUGCCCAGUAG